CCUAAAACGCCAACGCAAGCUACCACGCCCGUAGGUUCCACUGAGAGCUCUACUCGCAAGCUGUCCAAACUUGCACCAAACAUAUAAUCCCCAACUCAAACCACAGUCUCACCACACAAUGCGGUCCCUUUUGAGUCUCGUGGUCUUUCUCUUCGCGGCGCUGGUUUCGGCCGUGAGCACAACUGGUAAUCGAUUACUGGUUAUUCUCGAUACUCCCAAGGACAAGGAGGCGUAUACUACGUUUUUCCGCGACUUGUCUGAACGGGGUUAUGAUAUCACGUAUGAGACACCAAAGAGCGAUGAUUUGACAUUGUUCAAGUAUGGUGAGAGGAGUUAUGAUCAUCUUGUCUUCCUCCCCACCAAGAUCAAGGGUCUGGGACCCAAUCUGACCCCCAAUGCCAUCGUCGACUUCAUCAACGCCGGCGGAAACAUCCUCCUGACAAUGUCCGCUACUCACAAAGUCCCCGUUACUCUCGUCUCCGUCCUCGACCAACUCGACAUUACCAUUCCUGCUGAGCGCAACGGCAAGGUCGUCGACCACUUCACCUACGAUGCCGUCUCCGCCGCUGAGACACACGAUACCCUUGUUCUCGACGCCCCCCGCAACGUUCGUCCCGGGCUGAAGGAUUACUUCGAGAUUCCUGGCGCAUUCAUCUCCGUUCCCCACGCCAUCGGCCACACUCUUGGUUCAGGACCUCUUCUUACACCCGUUCUUCGAGCGCCCCCUACCGCUUAUAGCUACAACCCCAAGGAGCAGACUGACACCGUUGAGCCUGAUGAGUUGUUCGCUGCUGGAAAGCAACUUGCUCUUGUCUCUGUCUUUCAGGCCCGCAACUCUGCGCGUGUCACUGUCGUUGGUUCUGCUGAGAUGCUUCAGGACAAGGCUUUUGACACCAAGGUUACUCGACAGGGUGGAAAGGCUAUCUUCCCUGCUAACAAGGAGUUUGUCACCAACUUGGCUGGCUGGACGUUCCAGGAGCUUGGUGUUUUGCGAGUGAACAAGAUUGAGCACCACCUCAAGGGCGACAAUGAGACCAACCCCGAGCUGUACCGCAUCAAGAACGAUGUUACUUACAGCAUCUCCGUCUCCGAGUACGCGUGGAACGACUGGCAACCCUUCCACCUCCCAGACGGCGACCACCUCCAGCUCGAGUUCUCCAUGCUGUCCCCCUUCCACCGUAUCUCCCUGAAACCCGUUCACGUCGGUGAGCACGAGACUGUCUACGGCACCGACUUUGUUCUUCCCGACCAGCACGGCAUCUUCAAUUUCAUGGUCAACUACAAGCGCCCUUUCCUGACCAACCUUGAGGAGAAGCGAACUGUCAGUGUUCGACACAUGGCUCACGACGAGUACCCCCGAAGUUACGUGAUCAACGGCGCUUGGCCCGGCUUGGCUGGCAUCUCAGCUACUGUUGUUGGAUUCCUGUCGUUCUGCAUCGUGUGGAUGUACAGCCAGCCUGUGAAAUCAACCACUGGCGCUAAGAAGACACAAUAGAGGAGGAGCAAUGUACGAGUAUUUUUUGCUGCAACGUCACGAUAAGAAUUCGUGGAUCUGUUGUAUUGUAGAGUGGGACCAAAAGUGAAAUAUAGAAUGCGCAUUUGUUUUCCUACAGCUAUUGAAGUGUUUACGACUAUCUUUGUGACUUGAGAUACGAAGAUGUGAUGGGUCCCUCAGAUUAGCUCUCUUGGGUUCUCACUGACAACUCGCGGCAGUGGACAAGUAAAUGCCCUGCAAACAUCCUAGAUGAUGCCCGCCGCUGUUGCCUGCAAAUUUGGCUUUUUGGUCGAUUGAUC